CCCUGGCCCUCUAUACCCUGGCAGUGCCAGUGCCGCCGCGGACUCCUAUGUGUCAAUGUGUGCACCUUCCGGCACCCGCCUCGGCCUUCCUUGACAUUUUCUGUGACCUCCUUCUUGGGGAGCCUCUUCUGACCCCCCCAUCCCCCCAAUUUUGAGUUGGCCCUGCAGCGGUGCCAGAGGGAAGGGCACCGUGGCACCGUCCUCUCCAACUAGCUACCGGAAAUUAGUGAAAGUGAAGUGAAAUUAAUGUGUUAAUUAUUAUCGGUGAAGGAGAAGUGUGUGUUGCGCGGUGGUGUACAAGUGCGUGAAAAUCCACUGAAUUCUGCCGUGUACGUUGUUCAGUGAGACGAGGGUGUCUAGUGGCUUGUACUACAGGAAGUGAGUGUAGUGAGUUAGGUAGGCCUUCUGUACACUGAGUAGGCCUCUGAUAAACGAAACGAGGUAGGCCUCCAGUACAGGAAGUAAGUUAGGACUUCAGUACAGGAAGUGAGGUAAGCCUCAGAUACAGAAGGUGAGGUACUUUUUAAAUACAGGAAGUGAGUGGAGGUGCCAGGUGGCGUUGAUACUCCAGCUGGAGUUACUGCUACCAUCACUCAUCUAACACCUAAUAUUACCUACACCAGCUUCCUUACUCACUACCACGAUAACACUCCCACAGCCAUCAAGAAAUUGUCUAACCACAUACUGGCACUGCUGGGAAGCAGUGGCAGCAGUAGCGGUGGCACCCUGGCUUAGGCACUGCUAGGUGGCAGCAGCAUCACCCAGGAGUAGCAGCAUUAUCUCCCAGUGCUGUAUCUCGUCUCCAGCAUCCCACCUCCGCAGAGGCUCACUACCAGAUGGCUACCAUCCCCAUCACACCAGUCUGCUCACUGCCUCUCACGCCACUUUCUCCUUGUUCCUCGCUGUUGACAGUAGGCAAGACGCCCUCGCCACGAAAUGAUGUAGGGCCCUACAACAAAAGAUUGAAGUAGACGGUCAACGGCAGCUGUAUCACUCUUCUUUCUACUGUGCUGCUGUUGCUGCUUCUACUGGCAGUGGUGGGGGUGGUGGCCUGUGCAGCUAGUGGACCGGUGUAUGGUUCCAGGGAAAUUCAACAAGGAACAACCACCGCGACUAGUGUUCGUGCACACUGCCCAUCAAUCAUGGAGCCGAGUCGCUUUGAGGGUUGAAGACGCGCGUUCUGGGAGAUCGUAGAUCAAUGUGCCUUUACGACGCCGUGCUGGUAGUCACGACGUGCUUCAUAACGCAGUUGAUGACUUGCGCGAGGCUCAUCACCUUGAGGCUGAGGCAUAAUAAUUUAUCAAUCUCGAAACUAUCAGAUGUAUAGGUAAACGGUACACGAACACAAACAUUAUUAGCUCACAUUCAAGUAGGUUUUGAUAUUCUAAUGGCUGUAAUACAAAAUAUAGUCUGUGUUUUGUAUCGUCAUUUUCUACAUUAUUGCUGUCGCAUUUUUAGUAGACCGAGGGCAAGUAGUUAGGUACUUGUCCGAACACUGGUGUGUGUGUGUGUGUGUGUGUGUGUGUGUGUGUGUGUGUGUGUGUGUGUGUGUGUGUGUGUGUGUAUGUGUAUGUGUAUGUGUAUGUACGUGUGUAUAUGUAUAUAUAUGACGACACCUACUGCGAUGAUGAUGACGUUGAUGGCACAUAUCAGUUUACCUUCCCCAAGUCUGCUCAGGCCUUCAGUCAUUCCCGCUCAAUACUGAUGACUAGCUAAGGUUGAACGAGCUUAUUAAGUGGCGUUAGACGUGGUUAAGGGUGAAGGCAGCACAAGAUACAUUGCUUACAGCCCCUCUGGUCACGUCUCCCCCUUGAAGACAGACGUUUGUAAUAUCUAGACAAUCUUAUUCUUGCUGUUUUUGUAAUUGUAUGUUGUUGUCCGUCGAGCUGCCAUUAUAGUUUGAUUUUGCGAUAUUCAAUACAAAAUUUGUGUUUUGUAAGUAAAAGUAAAUGUGACAAGUACCUGUAGUUCCAUUUUCUUAAGUAUUAGUGGUUGUUUGUAUGUAAAUGUUGAGGGGACGUGCGGUAAGUGUAAGUGGUGGUAAAAGUGGGGCAGUGUUCGCCAACACUCCCCAACACUCGCUCACUCAGUGUGUUCACUACCUUGGAAAUAAGGUAACCCAAUGCUUUACUCUUAAGACGUGGCUACCACUCACUGAAAUGCUCACAAAACUGUCGACCUUUGGACAGUAAGGUCAUAGGCUGUUGACUUCUGGUGCUCAUUUCGUCGGCUCACAGUCGUUAUAGAUCGUUAAGCUCGCUCACUGAUCUAGACCUCCAACACUAGUAAGGUAGGCUCGUACUAGUUCGGCCUCCUAGCCACAAAGUCCUUAUUUCAAUAGUGUCUAGGUCCUAAUUAUUUAUAUUUGUGUGUGCCAUAUUGUAGUCUGAGGUUGGAUGUAUAUUUGGCGAGUGGUGGCUGUCAGUCAGUGGCAAGUGGAGGUGCUAUAUAAAUGACAGAUAUCUCGCCUAUCAUUACUUCCCUAUUAGCUCAAAGUUACGCUUGAUUAAUUGACGGAGGGUAGGAGAGGGUGGUUCUGUUAGGACGAGACACUCGCUUUUUGUUGUUAGUGGAUGUGGUGGGGAGUGGCGCACUAGUCGGCUGGUUGAAGGAAAAUUAGAAAAGUUGUGUGGGAAGUAGGCCUAGCCUGCCAAGGUCGUGAUGAGCCAGACGCCCGCUCAACCCCCCCGACGGGCCGUCCCGAGGCUGUUCCGCCGACAGAACAGCUUCGCCGGCUUCCCUAGUGCCACACUCAGCAUCUUUAACAACAACAACAACAACAACAAUGCCAACAACAACAAUGGGAGGAACGCCAGUAAGGCAGUACUGCCUCCUGUCACUAGUGCAGCAAGUGGAACACCUGACGGAGGACCUCCAGUUUCUGGGGUGUCAACUACCGUAGCACCAGUUACUGGGACUUUCAUACCAGGUGUGCCCACUUGUGGUGUUGCUACAUGUACAGCUGCUGUCUGUGUGGCUGGGGCGCUGGUGGCGCCCCCUACAACGGCCCAUGCAUCAAUGCCGGUCUACCAGCCACCACCAGCCGCUAGUAGGCCUGUGUCUGGGUUUUACUCUCUCCCUAGACACAACAGACCUGGUCACUUGAGCAGAGCCCUGGGUGUGGGGUUCCACUUGCUGGCCAGGACGUCUCCAGCAGGGUCCUCUGGGCCAACAGCAGCAGAGCAGUUAGGAAUCAACUCCCCUUCUCUCCCCAAAUCACACCGGCGAAACCUGAGUGAGGGGAGCACUGGGGAACCCGUCACAACCCUCCCUAUAACACUUGGGUCGUUGUCUCGAGGUAAAGGAGUCACGAAGGAGGCGACACUGCAGACGAUAUCCUCCGGUGGGGAACCCAAGCUCAAAUCUACAACUAAGCGGAGUGGGAGGGAUGGAGAGAGCAAACCCCGGCGGAGGGACCAGGAUUACCAAUCAUUGCCUCGCCGCUCCACCAAGGACCAGCCUGCCAAGCGCUCACCCAAAGAUGGAGAUUCAAAGAGUCAGAGCGCAGCGAAAAGACAUGACACAGAACCUAAAUUCCGGUCACUUCCCAGAAGGCAUGAGGGAGAAGCGAGGUACCAGGCAGUGAGCAGGAAGAGUGAGGGUGACCCCAAGUACCAGUCACUGCCCAAGAGACAAAGCACGGAGCCCAGGUAUCAAACCUUUCCUAAAAGACGUGAUGGCGAGUCGUCAUAUUCGCACCAUCCUUCAUCUCCCAAGAGACGUAGCAUGGAUCCUGGCCAACAGUUAUCAUCGCCCAAGAAGCGCGAUGUAGGACCAACAGCUCUUCCCUCCUCACCAAAAAGACGAGAUAUGGGGCCUGGUCUUCUUCCUGGAUCCCCUAAGCGACGUGACACAGAGUCCGGAGCUCAGCAAUCGCUCUCUCCGAAGCGGAGAGGCGCCGACCCCAAAUUUCUGCCGCCACCGCCCAAAAAGUAUGAUAUUGAUCCCAAAUACGAGCAGCUACCUCCAAAGAGACCAGAGGUUGACCUGAAGUACCAAACAUUUCCCCAGAAGAGGCACGAUCAAGUAUCCAGAUACCAGUCUGUACAACCAAGGGUCUAUGAUAUAGAUCCAAAAUAUCAAGCUCUACCACCCAAGAGACCAGAAAUUGACCUGCGAUAUUAUCCCUUACCACCUCCCAGGUAUGAGGCAGAACCAAAGUAUCAAACUGUGCCACCUAAACGACGGGAUAUAGAUCAAAGGUAUCCCACAGUGCCUCCCAAGAAAUUUGGCAUUGACGUGAAAUAUCAGCCAAUACCACCACCCAAAAGAUAUGACGUCGGUCCCAGAUACCAGACAAUACCCCCGAAGAGACAUGAUAUUGAUCACAGAUAUCAUUAUAUCCCCCCACCGCGCCCUGAUAUCGACCCUAGAUACCAACAACUUCCACCAAGAAGACCUGACCUGGAUCCUAAGUACCAGCAACUUCCCCCUAAGAGACCUGAUAUUGAACCCAAAUAUCAACAGCUUCCUUCCAGGAGACCCGAUAUUGAGCCCAAGUAUCAACAUCUUCCACCAAGAAGACCAGAUAUCGAGCCCAGGUAUCAGCAUCUACCCCCAAGACCCGAUAUUGAACCCAAAUACCAACCCUUGCCACCAAGACCCGAUAUUGAACCUAAAUAUACGCAGUUACCACCAAGACGGCUGGAUGUUGAUUCCAGAUCCCAACCAAUACCUCCAAGGCCUGAUAUCGAACCCAGAUAUCAAUCGCUGCCACCAAGACCUGACGUGGAACCUAAGUACCAGUCGCUACCACCCAGACCCGACAUUGAACCCAAAUAUCAACCGUUACCCCCAAGGCCUGAUAUUGAACCCAAAUACCAUCCACUUCCACCCAGACCGGAUAUCGAACCCAAAUACCAACCACUGCCACCGAGGCCUGAUAUCGAACCCAAGUAUCAACAGCUGCCACCGAGGCGACAAGACGGUGAACCUAAGUACCAGGUAUUGCCACCAAGACACCCUAAUGGAGAGCCCAAGUAUCAGUCUUCACCACCAGACAGCGAGCUCAGGUACCAACAUCAGCAGCGGAGACCUGAUAUUGAGCCCAAGUACCACCCAAUGCCACAAAGGCCCGACAUUGAACCCAAGUACCAGCAGUUACCUCUGCGACGCCUGGAUGGAGAGUCGAAGUAUCAUCCAUUGCCACCCAGACGAUCUGAGGGUGAUCCUAAGUACCAAGCCUUGCCCCCCAGAAGAUCCGAUGUUGAUCCUAAGUACCAAGUCUUGCCACUGAGGAGGCCCGAGGCUGAUCCUAAGUAUCAACCCUUACCACCGAGGCGGCCUGAAGUUGAUCCUAAGUAUCAACCCUUACCUCCUAGACGGACUGAUAUUGAUCCCAAAUACCAACCCUUACCACCUAGACGGUCAGAAGGAGAUGCAAAAUAUCAGCCAAUUCCACCUAAACGAACAGAUGGGGAUGCCAAGUAUCAGGCACUACCACCCAGACGACCAGAAGGAGAGAGCAAAUACCAGCCACUGCCAGCUAAGAUGGCUGAUUACGAAUUUCAUCCUAUUCCAAUACAUCUGGACUCUGAACACAAAUUCCAGCCACCGUUCCCUAUGUUUGAUUACGAAUUCCAACCCAUUCCAACGAUAAAACCCAACUACGAGCAAGUUUAUCCGUCAAUGCCCUUAAGAAAACCCGAUGGGGAGAGCCGUCCAUUGCCGCCAUUGAGUGGGGAUGUCCAGGGCAUAUCCAGUCAACCAAAAGUGCAGCCGCUGUCGCCACGAACUCAGACAAGCGACGUGCCUUAUCAGGCAGCGCCUCCGGCACCAGUUGCCACUGACCAGGCUAUACCUCCGAAGGCGUAUCAAGGCAAUGAAGUGUAUCUGCCACAUGCUCCUAAGACGCCGGGAAGUAUACCACUGUAUGAGACUAUUCCUGCUAAACAUCCAGGAACCGAACCUAUUCCUGCGAAGGUACCUGGAGUUAUACCUUUGUAUGAAGGAAUUCCUCCCAAGAUAAAGAUGCCUGACCUACCUUACCAGUCCAUUGCUCCUAAAGUAAGUGAGAUUGACACACUGUAUCAGACGAUGCCUUCUCCCAUGUCUCCUCUCAAGGCUGACGAAGCUGAGCCCUUGUACCAGACAUCGCCUCCCAAGAUGAGCGCCAGCGAGCCUCUGUAUCAGUCAUCUCCAGACGGCCUGGAAUCUGAUCCUGUCUACCAGGCUGUGACACCGCAGAUGAUCCAAGAUGUCAAGUGCAAUUACCAGUUGCUGCAACAGAGGAAACUGGAGCAGGAGGCUAAAGCCCUAGCAGGGCCUAAAAGAACGAUUAAGGGAGACAAGUAUCACUCUCCAACAAAACGAACCUUUAGAGAGCGAGACGGUGAAUCAAAGUCUCAGUCAUCUAAGAAAAGCUCUAAAGGCGAGCCCAAGUACCAGUCUCUUCCCAAGAGGAGAGAGAAAGAUAACGAUGGCAAAUAUCAAUCAUUGCCACGCCGAGGAGGGCGACGAGAUCCCCCGGCGCCUCCACAGUUUCGCUGGACACCUGGGGACGACGAUGGAAUAUAUUCUAGUCUAGAGUACCCUAGUGAAGAAGGUCGUAGUGGCGGGCCUAGCGAGGAUGAGAUAUAUUCCAGCCUGACGACUACUGAUGAUCCUGUGUAUCAGAGUGUAAGUGAAGCCUCAUACUCUCGUCCAGUCCCACCUUUACCUGCACCUCUCAGGUAUCGCCGGCGUGUGGACGACGCUCCUCCACCAUUACCUCCCCCACGCCUCACAACUGGACCCGUAGGACCACACAACCCACUGGUCUCUCCUGGGACUGUGGUCUCCCCUCCCGUCCUUCCCAUUCGGGCUCCUCGAGUCUCUUCAACGUCUAACGUAAGGAUGUUAUACCCAGGGGGAAGUAGCACUAGCCCGAGUCCCAGCCCAGAGAACCUUUUGACGCAGUCGGCGCCGUCCUGGCCGCAGCGACAACACCGACAUGACAACGAAGAAGUCUACUCCUCCAUACCCUCCUUGAUCAGCUCCACGCCUGAAUCUCCACCAGCCACACUCCCUCGAGCGGCGCAGAUCGGCCGUGUGGCUCCUUCGGCGUCGUGGAACUCUUUGGGAUCCUCCUGCAGGUCCUCGUGGGAUUCGCUGGGAUCUUCGGUGAGAUCUGAAGGCAGCAAUAAUGCUCGUCAGCGUCGCCGCCGGGCGCGGUCUGAUCCCAGGAUGGACGCUGGGGUACUACACCGACUUGCCUUCACUAUAUGGCACACCGCCUUACACAUCGAGAAAGAGGUCAGGAGCGCCGGCUGACCCGACGCCACCACCCUCAGUGCUCGCAUGAUCUCACCCUCACCCUUGUCCUGCCUGGCGGAGCUCUCCGGUAUGCGCAUGACAUAACCCUGGAUGUGUGGCGUCAGUGCUCUGUAACAGCAGUGUGUCCCUGGUCGUACGGCGUCCGUGAGAGACCGUUGCAUGCUGCUGCUGCUGCAACUGCCUUGGAUACUGUUGCAUGCUCUUGCUGCCUUGAUUGUGGCGUCCGGAAGUGAGAACGUUGCAUGCUGCUACCUUGGUCGUGGCGUUCGUGAAAGAGGUCUUUGCAUGUUGUCCUUCUAUUCAUGGUAAUGCAUCCCUCUACAUUUGCUCAUUAUUAGUCUAUAUGCUGCAUGUACACAUGUUUGGGUUAUAUGCUUCAAGAACCGCUUCAUCAACGUUAUGUGACCACAAAACUUACAUUGUUAUAUGUGUCUUUAAAGCAUGAACCUCUGACAAAUAAAGACACACACACACAUACACACACACUCACACAUUCACACACACACACACACACACACACACACACACACACACACACACACACACACACACACACACACACACACACAUUCACACAUUCACA